AGCCCGGGGGGCGGCGGGCCGGAGCGGGGAGCGCGGGCAGCGGCCCGCCCGCAAAAGCCACGGCGGACUCUCCAGGGGCGGCACCGCAGCGCCAAGGGAGAGUGAGCUUGAGACAACGGAUCGAGCUCCAGGCGGAGUAUCCAUGGAGAUGUGGAGCCUUGUCACCAAUCUCUAAGUGCAGAACUGGGAUGUGGAGCUGGAAGUGUCUCCUCUUCUGGGCUGUGCUGGUCACAGCCACGCUCUGUACUGCCAGGCCAGCGCCCACCUUGCCUGAACAAGCCCAGCCCUGGGGAGCCCCUGUGGAAGUGGAGUCCUUGCUGGUCCACCCGGGUGACCUGCUGCAGCUCCGCUGUCGGCUGCGGGACGAUGUGCAGAGCAUCAACUGGCUGCGGGACGGGGUGCAGCUGGCGGAAAGCAACCGCACGCGCAUCACGGGCGAGGAGGUGGAGGUGCGGGACUCCGUGCCCACCGACUCCGGCCUCUACGCAUGCGUGACCAGCAGCCCCUCGGGCAGCGACACCACCUACUUCUCCGUCAACGUCUCAGAUGCGCUCCCCUCGUCGGAGGACGACGACGACGAUGAUGACUCCUCUUCGGAGGAGAAAGAGACAGAUAACACCAAACCAAACCGUAUGCCCGUAGCGCCGUACUGGACAUCCCCUGAAAAGAUGGAAAAGAAACUGCACGCCGUGCCGGCUGCCAAGACUGUGAAGUUCAAGUGCCCUUCCAGCGGGACACCGAACCCCACGCUGCGCUGGCUGAAAAAUGGCAAAGAGUUCAAACCUGACCACCGGAUUGGAGGCUACAAGGUCCGCUAUGCCACCUGGAGCAUCAUCAUGGACUCCGUGGUUCCCUCUGAUAAGGGCAACUACACUUGCAUUGUGGAGAACGAGUAUGGCAGCAUCAACCACACCUACCAGCUGGACGUCGUGGAGCGGUCGCCUCACCGGCCCAUUCUGCAGGCAGGGUUGCCUGCCAACAAGACGGUGGCCCUGGGCAGCAACGUGGAGUUCAUGUGUAAGGUGUACAGUGACCCUCAGCCGCACAUCCAGUGGCUAAAGCACAUCGAGGUCAACGGGAGUAAGAUCGGCCCAGACAAUCUGCCCUACGUCCAGAUCUUGAAGACUGCCGGAGUUAACACCACUGACAAAGAGAUGGAGGUGCUUCACUUGCGGAACGUCUCCUUCGAGGACGCGGGCGAGUAUACGUGCUUGGCGGGUAACUCUAUCGGACUCUCCCAUCACUCUGCAUGGCUGACCGUUCUGGAAGCCCUGGAAGAGAGACCAGCAGUGAUGACAUCGCCCCUGUACCUGGAGAUCAUCAUCUAUUGCACGGGGGCCUUCCUCAUCUCCUGCAUGGUGGGCUCCGUCAUCAUCUACAAGAUGAAGAGCGGCACCAAGAAGAGUGACUUCCACAGCCAGAUGGCCGUGCACAAGCUGGCCAAGAGCAUCCCCCUGCGCAGACAGGUAACAGUGUCGGCUGACUCCAGUGCGUCCAUGAACUCGGGGGUUCUUCUGGUUCGGCCCUCACGGCUCUCCUCCAGCGGGACCCCCAUGUUAGCUGGGGUCUCUGAAUAUGAGCUGCCUGAAGACCCUCGCUGGGAGCUGCCUCGAGACAGACUGGUCUUGGGCAAACCCCUGGGAGAAGGCUGCUUCGGGCAGGUGGUGUUGGCGGAGGCCAUUGGGCUGGACAAGGACAAACCCAACCGUGUGACCAAAGUGGCCGUGAAGAUGUUGAAGUCGGAUGCGACAGAAAAAGAUCUCUCUGAUCUGAUCUCAGAAAUGGAGAUGAUGAAGAUGAUUGGGAAGCACAAGAACAUCAUCAACCUGCUGGGGGCCUGCACGCAGGACGGUCCCUUGUACGUCAUCGUGGAGUACGCCUCCAAGGGCAACCUGCGGGAGUACCUGCAGGCCCGGCGGCCCCCGGGGCUGGAAUACUGUUACAACCCCAGCCACAACCCUGAGGAGCAGCUCUCCUCCAAGGACCUGGUGUCCUGCGCCUACCAGGUGGCCCGAGGCAUGGAAUACCUCGCCUCCAAGAAGUGCAUACACAGAGACCUGGCCGCCAGGAACGUCCUGGUGACGGAGGACAACGUGAUGAAGAUCGCCGACUUCGGCCUAGCACGAGACAUUCACCACAUCGACUACUACAAAAAGACGACCAACGGCCGGCUGCCCGUGAAGUGGAUGGCGCCCGAGGCGUUGUUCGAUCGGAUCUACACCCAUCAGAGUGAUGUGUGGUCUUUUGGGGUGCUCCUGUGGGAAAUCUUCACCCUGGGCGGCUCCCCAUACCCCGGCGUGCCUGUGGAGGAGCUUUUCAAGCUGCUGAAGGAGGGCCACCGCAUGGACAAGCCCAGCAACUGCACCAAUGAGCUGUACAUGAUGAUGCGGGACUGCUGGCACGCAGUGCCCUCCCAGAGGCCCACCUUCAAGCAGCUGGUAGAAGACCUGGACCGCAUUGUGGCCUUGACCUCCAACCAGGAGUACCUGGACCUGUCCAUGCCCCUGGACCAGUACUCGCCCAGCUUUCCCGACACCCGAAGCUCCACCUGCUCCUCGGGCGAGGACUCCGUCUUCUCUCACGAGCCGUUGCCCGAGGAGCCGUGUCUGCCCCGACGCUCGGCCCACCUUGCCAAUGGCGGACUCAAACGACGCUGACCACCGCACCCCGUCUCUCCCCGCCCAGACUCCCACGGUCAGCCGUGGACCUUGCCCACAGCCCCUGCUGGACUCACUGCCUCUCCUCACGCCCUUUCCUGCUGGCGGGAGCCGGCUGCCCACUCGAGGCCUUCCUGCGUGGCUGCCUUCGCCGCCGCCCCCUACCCCGGGCAUCCCUUAGCUUCUCCUGCUCGUGAGAGAGAGAGGCGCCAAGGGGCAGGUGCUCGCUGAGGGGCCGCUCCGUUCCCUUCCGCGGGAUGGACCAACGCGCCCCUGCCGCCUGCCGCUGCCCGGAGGGUCGGGCGCGGGGCCAAGCGGGCCGGCCAGGGACAGCUCCCUAGGCUGCUCGCUUCUGUCGGUUUGUCCGUGUCACCGGAAGCCCCACAGCCCUUGCUCGCUGGUGGCGGGGGCCUUGUCCUCAGGGCUACAGCUGCUCCGCAUUAGAUGGUGCCGGUGGCUUAUUAAUUCCAAUACUAACUCGCUUUGCUGACCAAAUAGCUGGCACCAGAGGAGACAGACAGGCUGGGAGCAGUUUUGUGGCCCUGGGGCCCAGCCCUGAGAAACUGGGGGCUUUGUACAUAGCUAUGAAGAAAACACAAAGUGUAUAAAUCUGAGUAUAUAUUUACAUGUCUUUUUAAAAGGGUCGUGACCAGAGAUUUACCCACCGGCUAAGAUGCUCCUGGCGGCUAGGAGGCAUCGGUUGCUAUAUAUUAAAAAAAAAAAAAAAAAGCAAAAACAAAAAAAAAGGAAAAAGAAAAAAAAAAGGAAAAUGUUUUUAAAAAGGUCAUAUAUUUUUUGCUACUUUUGCUGUUUUAUUUUUUUAAAUUAUGUUCUAAACCUAUUUUCAGUUUAGGUCCCUCAAUAAAAAUUGCUGCUGCUUCAUUUUUAUAUGGGCUGUGUGAAAGGGGAGAGAGUGUCCAGCGGAGAGAAGGGACACCUGUGGGCCCAGGGCUGGGUCCAGAGGGCACCACGUGCUCCCCAGUUUCCUUGAAACGUCUUCCUCCUGGUUCCUACACCCAGACCCCUGGUGACAAACCUCCUACCUGUGACCACGCAAGUGGCGCUGGGCAGAGCACCAUGCCACUGCAGCC